CCAGUUGCGGUUUCGAUUUCCCAUCCGCAGUUGGGGUUCCCCGGCGGCGGCCCCGCCUCUCAGCGCUGGGUCUGCGUCCGCUGCCUGAGAUCCCUACAAGCCCGGCACAGGCAUUUAAGGGAGUGAGCGCGGGCGAGGUGCGGACGUCCCCGGGAGCUGAGCUGCAGAAUGACGGCCGAGGAGCGGCGAAACCUGCACGCCUUCCGGGACUAUGUCAUCAAGACUCUGGACCCUGCCUACAUCCUGAGCUACAUGGCCCCCUGGUUUAAGGAUGAUGAGGUGCAGUAUAUUCAGGCUGAGAAGAACAAUAAAGGCACGAUGGAGGCUGCCUCACUUUUUCUUAAGUGCCUAUUGGAGCUCCAAGAAGAAGGCUGGUUCCGUGGCUUUUUGGAUGCCCUUGGUCAUGCAGGUUAUUCUGGACUUUAUGAAGCAAUUGAAAGUUGGAAUUUCCAAAAAAUUGAAAGUCUAGAGGAGUAUAGAUUGCUUUUAAAGCGUUUACAACCAGAAUUUAAAACUACAGUUAAUCCAAAUGAUAUUCUUCCUAAAAUAUCUGAAUGUUUAAUUAGUCAGGAAUGUGAAGAAAUUAUACAGAUUUGUUCCAACAAGGGGCUGAUGGCAGGUGCGGAGAAAAUGGUUGAAUGCCUUCUCAGAUCAGACAAAGAAAACUGGCCCAAAACUUUGAAACUUGCUUUGGAGACAGAAGAGAGCAAGUUCAGUCAACUGUGGAUUGUGGACAAAGAUGUUGAACUGAAAGUUCUUGAGGAUGAAGAAAUAGAAACUUCCGAAGUACAGAUUUUCUAUAAGGAAGAACCAGAAUGCCAGAAUCUUAGUCAGGACCCAUGUCCACCUUCAGUGGCUUCUACUUGCACCCCACUGAAGCCAAGAAAUUACCAACUAGAACUUGCUUUGCCUGCUAAGGAAGGAAAAAAUACAAUAAUAUGUGCUCCUACUGGUUGUGGAAAAACCUUUGUUGCCCUUCUUAUAUGUGAACAUCAUCUUAAAAAAUUUCCCCAAGGACAAAAGGGGAAGAUUGUCUUUUUUGCUAUUCAAAUCCCAGUGUAUGAACAGCAGAAUUCUGUGUUCUCCAAAUAUUUUGAAAGACUUGGGUACAAAGUUGCAGGUAUUUCUGGAGCAACAUCUGAGAAUAUCUCAGUGGAACAGAUCGUUGAGAACAAUGACAUCAUCGUUUUAACUCCACAGAUUCUUGUGAAUUGCCUUAGAAAUGGGACUAUUCCAUCACUCUCUGUCUUUACUUUGAUGAUAUUUGAUGAAUGUCACAACACCAGUAAACACCAUCCUUACAAUAUGAUCAUGUUUAAUUAUCUAGAUCAGAAACUUGGAGGAUCUUCAGACCCACUGCCUCAGGUUGUUGGGCUGACUGCCUCAGUUGGCAUCGGGGAUGCCAAAAACACAAUGGAAGCCAUGGAAUAUAUCUGCAAACUGUGUGCUUCUCUUGACACAUCAGUGAUAGCAACAGUCAAAGACAACUUGGAGGAAUUGGAAGAAAUUGUUUAUAAGCCCCAGAAGUUUUUCAGGAAAGUGGAAUCACGGACUACUGACAGAUUUAAAUGCAUCAUUUCUCAGCUGAUGAGGGAGACAGAGAGUCUGGCAAAGAAUAUCUUUGAUGAACUCGGUACCAUAACUCUCGAAAAUGUAUCUCAAAUUCAAAAUAGGAAUUUUGGAACACAGAAAUAUGAACAAUGGAUCGUUUCUGUUCAGAAGGCAUGCAUGGUGUUUCAGUUACCCAACAAAGAUGAAGAGAGCAGGAUUUGUAAAGCACUGUUUUUGUACACUUCCCACUUGCGGAAAUAUAAUGAUGCCCUCAUUAUCAAUGAGCAUGCACGAAUGAAAGAUGCUCUGGAUUACUUGAAAGACUUCUUCACUGAUGUCCGAGCAGCAGGAUUUGAUGAGAUUGAGCAGCAUCUCACUUAUAGAUUCGAAGAAAAGCUGCAGGAACUGGAAAGUAUUUCCAUGGAUCUCAGCAAUGAGAACCCUAAACUCAAAGAUCUCUCCUUCAUCUUGCAAGAGGAGUACCACUUAAACCCAGAGAGUAGAACUAUCCUCUUUGUGAAAACCAGAGCACUUGUGGAUGCUUUGAAGAAAUGGAUUGAAGAAAAUUCUGAACUCAGCUUCCUAAAACCUGGCAUAUUGACUGGACGUGGCAAAACAAAUCACAAUACAGGAAUGACACUCCCAGCGCAGAAGUGUGCAUUGGAUGCAUUCAGAACUGAUGGAGAUAAAAAGAUUCUGAUUGCCACCUCAGUUGCUGAUGAAGGCAUCGACAUUGCUCAGUGCAAUUUGGUCAUCCUGUAUGAGUACGUGGGCAAUGUCAUCAGAAUGAUCCAAACCAGAGGCAGAGGAAGAGCAAGAGGUAGCAAGUGCUUCCUUCUAACUAGCAAUGCUGAUGUAAUUAAAAAAGAAAAACUAAACAUAUACAAAGAAAAAAUAAUGAAUGACUCCAUUUUAAGCCUUCAGAUGUGGAAUGAAGCAGUAUUUAAAGAAAAGGUUCUCCAGAUACAGAUUCAAGAAAAAAACAUCAGAGAUAGUCAAGAAAAAGUAGAACUUGUACCUGAUAAGGAAAAUAAAAAACUGCUCUGCAGAAAGUGCAAAGCCUUUGCAUGUUAUACAGCUGACAUCAGAGUGGUGGAGGAAUGCCAUUACACUGUGGUUGGAGAUGCAUUCACGAAGUGCUUCGUGAGUAAGUUACACCCUAAACCAAAGAGCUUUGGGCAUUUUGAGAAGAGAGCAAAGAUCUUCUGUGCCAGACGGAACUGUGGCCAUGACUGGGGAAUCCAUGUGAAGUAUAAGACAUUUGAGAUUCCAGUUAUCAAAAUAGAAAGCUUUGUGGUGGAAGAUAUUGCGACCGGAGCUCAGAAACUAUAUGCAAAGUGGAAGGACUUUCCUUUUGAGAAGAUACCCUUUGGUUCUCCAGAAAUACCCGAAUGACCUUGGGACCUCAAUCUUGAGCUAAAAGGAAUGGGUGACCUUGAGAGAAGAAAUGAACCUCAGUGGGUAGUCAUGGCUCGCUUUUACCAGCAUGUAUCUGUCACUUAACUUCACCCUGUUUACUGUUGUUAGCAGUUUGAACUGUAUCCUAUAUAUAAAGCACAAGUAAAUGAAUCACAGCACUAAUGCUCCAUAGGCCAGUGGAGCUCUGAGUACUUGGAAAAGAUUAAAAAGCCUUCUUUUCCUAUCCUUCCUUUCACAGCUCAGUGCCAGUGUACCCCCCAGUAACCACUCAGUACACAUUACAAUAAAUAGAAUGAAUAAAUGGAUACCAUGUUGAAA